AUGUCCUUGAGCUACAACGCCAACGAGUCACCGGGAAAAUACAGAACCAAUCCUCCUCCGCCACCGUCGCUUUCUUCACUGCCUGACGAAAUGGUUUUGAGAUGCUUAGCCCUUGUCCCAAGAAUCUAUCACCUAAGCCUCUCUUGGGUCUCAAAAGACCUAAGAGCCCUUGUCCGCUCACCUGAGCUCACCAAGUUGCGACCCAAGAAGAGCUCUCUCUAUGUAUGUUUUCGAGAAUACUACAACGAUCCGAACUUUCACUGGUUUACUCUCCGUCCCAUUGAGGAAACAGAAACGACGACCGAGUAUGGGUUAGUUCCCAACCCAACUCCCUUCUCGCCUCAUAACUACGGUUCUUCAACGGUCGUAGUGGGAUCAAAUAUCUACUUCAUUGGCGGAUGUAGAGAAGCUUCCACGGAUCUAUGGAUCCUUGAUACCCAAUCUGGUAGCAUCACUCAAGGACCAAGCAUGACCGUGCGUCGAGUAAAAGGCGAAACAGCUGUGGGAGUGGUCGACGGGAAGAUAUACGUAAUCGGAGGCGGAGUCUCAGACUACGGAAUGGAAGUAGAAGUUUAUGAUCUGAAAUCCGAAACGUGGGAAUCUGCUGGGAUGGAGAAGGUGCGUAAAAUCUCACGGUGCUGCGCCUCGGUGGAGCGGAAAAUCUUUAUGGUGGAGUUCGAGGAGAUUAAUGUGUACAACCCGAGGGAAUGUGGAAGAGAACGGUUGGCUCUUAUGGUAAGCCAGAGACUUGAACGUGGAAGAAAGGAUAAGUUAAGUGAGAUAGAGCGUUGCGUGUGUGUGGUGGAAGAUGUUCUCUAUGCUUGCUUUGGCUGGAGUGGGAUCAUGUGGUUUAAUACAAAGCUCAAUGUGUGGAGAAGUUUGGUGGGCCGUGAUGGGAAGCAGCUGUUUUACCUUUAUGCGGAUUCCAUGGCGGAAUACGAGGGAAGGCUUGUGGUUUUCUAUUCCAAUGGUAUCCCAAAUGGAAAUGAUGUCGCAGUUGCCAGGAAUGUUCUGUGUGAGUUUGUCUCAUUGCAUAGAGCUGGAGAAACGAUUUGUGGGACGAUUGACUGGUCUGGUAUUGUGGCUACAGUGCCAUAUUCGUUUCGUUUUCUGCAUUGUUUAUCUGUUUCCGAGUGA